AGGCGGGAGGUGGGGCCGGGCCGUGGGGCGGGAGCGGGGCAUGGAGAAGCUGCGGCGGCUGUGGAGGGGCCGCACGAUGACCUUCGGCGUGCCGCUGCUGCUCUAUCUCAUUGGAGGAUCUUUUGGACUCCGUGAAUUUGCUCAGAUAAGAUAUGAUGUUCACAAGCUACAUGGCAAGGUUGAUCCAGCUUUGAAAGAAAAAUUAAAACAGAACACUGUGACACUGGAAUCUGAAUAUGAGAAGCUGGAAAAAUCUAACUUGGAUAACUGGGAGAACAUCAGAGGACCCAGUCUGUGGGAAGAUUCCAGGACGGUUCAGAAACAACGGCGGGAAGCUCUCCGUCUCAAGACUGAGUGACUGAGAAAGCCACCUUUGGUGCCUCUGGGAAAAAAAAUGUCUCAGGCUGGACUGUCUUAAUUUUUAAUCCAGUGUCAGGAAGAGACAUGGGAGCAUUUGCACUGAACAAUUCAGCUGGUGUAUAUAUAAGUAAAGUGAGAUCAGUCCAAAAGGCACUGUAUUAUAUGAAGCUCUUUGCAUUAAUUUGUAUAGAGUACCACAGGCUGUAUAUGUGAAUUUUCAAUUAAAAAGAAGCUGAUUAUUCUACUGAG